AUGGGGGCAGCAGGGCGCGCUGGGCAGCGGGGCGCGCUGGCGCGCUGGGCAGCGGGGCGCGCUGGCGCGCUGGGCAGCGGGGCGCGCUGGCGCGCUGGGCAGCGGGGCGCGCUGGCGCGCUGGGCAGCGGGGCGCGCUGGCGCGCUGGGCAGCGGGGCGCGCUGGCGCGCUGGGCAGCGGGGCGCGCUGGCGCGCUGGGCAGCGGAGCGCACUGGCGCGCUGGGCAGCGGGGCGCGCUUGCGCGCUGGGCAGCGGGGCGCGCUGGGCAGCGGGGCGCGCUGGCGUGUUGGGCAGCGUGGCGCGCUGGGCAACGGGGCGCGCUGA